GUGGAUUUUGUUCGGUUACUUUUAACACGGUCUAUGUAUUAAUUCUGAUAGCUUAAGAACUCGAAGAAAAUUUAAAAUAAAUUUUAAAAGUCGAAAACCAAAAACAAGUACCGUGUUUCCCUUGAAGGAAACACAUUGGAACAUGAGUAUGGCUUAUGGCCUCUUCCCGAAACUAAACUACCAGGAGACGAUCGACCAAAGGUUUGUUUAGUUAUUUGCAUGGGUUUUUUUUCAUCCUAAAAGUUAUCUCAUCUAUUGUAAUUUGUAUCAUAUACAAUCAAUUGACAAAAAUAUUUUUCUGAAGACGGUCAAAUUACUUGUAUUUAAAAAGUUUAACAAAAUGCAAACCGCUUAUGGCUAUUUUUUUUAAACAGUUUAUUGUAUUUUUUAUUGUUUUGGAAUUUUUUUCUUAUUAUCCCAUUCUCGAUACAUAAAGUAUUUUUUACAAUACAGGCUAUUGUUUCUUUAUUUACUUUUUAUCAUCAAAUAAAUUAUAAUAAAUACAAUUACAAGUACUAAAUUUCUCAAUGAGCACAGUGAACAUGUUUUGUAGCGUCAAGCUACCAAGACAUACAUUUUUUUAUUUGUGUAUUUUUAUUUGCGUCAGCCAUAGCAGCUGGAUGGCAAGAAAAAAGACGGUCGUCAAAAGUAUAGUUUAAUAGCUUUUGACUAAUGCCACCGAUUAUUCGACUGUUAAUAAAUAUUUCGCUAUUUUCCACAAUAAUUGUUCCAAAAUCGAUUGCAUUAAAAAAAAGUCACAUAUGUCUUUACGAAUCAUUUACUACUGAAUGAAUUCAAUUGUAUAGUUUAACUUUAACAAAAAAGGUUUUUUUGUUUUACACGUACCUAAGCAAAUUUCGGUUAGGUAUUUAACAAAAAUAUGCAUUUUAAAAUUGUUGUUCUUUUCUCGGUGUUAAACUUCUUUACGGCAACAUGGAGUUUUGGAUUAGGCCUCCGCCACAUAAACGGAUUAAUCGAUAUUUCCGAAAACUUCUGUAUAAAUAAUCGAAUGAUCGAGACGUAUUUUGUUAGUGAGGGCAUUACAAAUAGUGAUCAAAUAACUACACUCAAAAGAAACUUGGACGAAGAUACAACCUUGUCGGAGUUUUUGAUAUCGUUGGCCUAUUGUAAUAAAGGAACUUUCAGCUUUGCGGAAAAAAGUUUAUCAACAUAUGAAGUAAAACUUUUUGUAAGAAUGUUCGUAGCACAAGAUAAAAAAGGUAAACAUGACGGAUUCCUUAACCGAUAUGAACUACAAAAGCUAAUUGGAAAAGGUUUUAAUCUAAAAAAAAACAUUAAGAAGCUAAUAAAGAGCGAAUUUAAAGAUAAAAAACGAAUUCAUGUACUAACGUACUUGGCGGUAAUAUUGAAACAUAAACCAUUGGGCAGUGGUCUGGACGAGGAACAAAUAGACGAAUGCCACAUUUUAUGUGACAGCUAUGACCAAUUCCUAGAUUCUGAAUAUCAACAACAUUUAUUUGGCUCGUUAAAACAUAUUGUGUCCAAAAAGUACGUUAAUGAUCUAUUAGAUAUCCACCAUGUCCACCCGGCUCCUCUUGAGUUAAAAGAGCUCGUAAUCUUUUGGGCGGAAUAUAAUGAAGCUGGUGUUAAAGUACCUUUUUUAACUACGGAAGAGGUCAGGAAUGCCAUGGCGCAGUUCACUAAAUUUGACCAAGACAAAGACGGACUACUCAACUUUGAGGAAUUUUCAAAUUUGGUAGUUGAAGAAUACUCCGAUCCAGAUGCUAAAGCCUUAAUUAAGACAUUUAAUCCUCUAAAGUCUCGUUUGAUGUGCGCUGUAAUGUUCUUGAAAGUGAAAUUGUUGAAUGACGUUCCAAGAAAAACAUUAGCAAUGCUUUGGGAUGAUGACAAAUGAUACUGAACACAAAACAUUUAUUUUCUAACUAUACUUGAUAUUUACUUACAACGUACGAGUGUACUAAAAUGUAGUUUUGUUUCUUUUUUAAAUUUCAAUGAUAUAUCUUAGUUUUAAUUAUUAUUAUUAUUAAAUACAUA